AUGGCUUCUAAUCACGUGCCAAGUGACCAAGUGCCUCUGCAAGGCCAGAGUAUCUACACCGAAUCGCCAUAUCAUCAGAACUUGUUCCCUCCGGUCGAUCGCUACGGAACCCCUUCAUGGGACACGCAGCUGAAUCAGCAUUCAGGCUUGGCAUCCAACGCUGGUUCAACACAAGCCUGGCAUCAUGGUUCAUUUCCUCAACAACAACAAACACAACCACAACCACAACCACAAUCAUACAACACAUUCAACCAAUCGUAUGGCACUCAAAGUAAUGGAUACCAGCAGACAGCUUCGCCGUACCAGUAUGGUCAGUUUGGUCAACAAGGGUCGAUGCCCAGCUAUUCACAACCCGCAAACGUGGAUCCCUCCCUAGGUCUCGACCCUAACGCGCUGCGUCAGCAACAGCAGUCGCCAUACCAGAUGUCGAUGAGGAACACGACUCCUCAGGCUCAUUCUGGGACGGUCACACCACAGGCUCUUCAGCACAAUGGUGCGCAAUUACAAAACUCUCGACCAACAGUAUCUCCUUUCCAAUCCGUAAAAGAAUUGAAGAAGAUUGGGGCCGACAACAAGAAACUUCUUGCCAGAAUUCAGUCGAAACCUUCGGUCACCAAAGCUCCAAGGGGCCUGAAAAGGGAAGACAGUGAUAGUGACAGUGCUACUGACUCGUCCGACGAUGAAAGCGAGUACACUGAUGAUGAGGAAGACGACGAGCCUUCCCCGCUACCUGCGGCGAGACCAGAAGAGCCUCACGAAGCUGUGCGUUAUGACAUCAUCAAGGCCACACUGGCAUCCUCGAAAAUCAAGGAUGGUAUGCGCGACAUCUGGGAAGUCUUGAACACCAUCCAGAAGCGAUGGCGGGCAGACAGCAAAGCGGUGACGGAUGCUGAGGAUCAGAAGAAGACUGGUGAGCUACCCGUGCUGAAGAGCCGAGUUACUAGUCAACGUGAUUUGCUCCAGUCGGCGCUCAAGGCCGCCCUUGAUUAUGCUCACCCUGAUGUGCUAUAUCAGUUGGGCAAGAUCAAGCCCUUCGUGUACCUUUGCUAUCAGUUUCUGGCGAAUCGUUUCCGUAUGAAGGAUUUCGAUGGACCUCUUUCGGCUGUCAUUUACGAAGUGUUGACACGGUGUGGUACGUUGACUUCUGAGCUCCUCGAAGAAACCAAAGCGAUCAAAGCGCUCGUGUCUAUGAAGAAGCAAGCCAAAUGA